UUAGUCGACAGCUCUUCUCCCUCGGCUUUUCAGCCAAUCGCAGGCCACCGUUGAUAACGGAGCUGCCGUUUGUCACAGGCUGUUGUGAAUCGGAGGCCAGCGGCCCCACAAUGCCAGGCGGGGGAGCCCCUCUCUCAGCAUCACCGCCUCGCCUCACUGAGAAGGACAGAGAGGAGAGCAAUGCGAAGGGAUGUAAGAUGGCAGAGCUACAAAUGCUAUUAGAGGAGGAAAUCCCAGCCAGUAAAAGAGCCCUCGUAGAAAGCUACCAGAACCUGUCCAAGGUUGCGGAAUACUGUGAAAACAAUUAUGUUCAGGCUCAAGACAAGAAGAAGGCCCUGGAGGAGACCAAGGCCUACACCACCCAGUCUCUGGCCAGCGUGGCCUACCAGAUCAACGCCUUAGCGAACAAUGUGCUGCAGCUGCUGGACAUCCAGGCCUCGCAGCUGCGACGCAUGGAGUCCUCCAUCAACCACAUCUCCCAGACGGUGGAUAUCCACAAGGAGAAGGUGGCGCGUCGAGAGAUCGGCAUCCUGACCACAAAUAAGAACACCGCACGCACCCACAAGAUCAUCGCCCCCGGCAACAUGGAGCGGCCGGUGCGCUACAUCCGUAAGCCCAUCGACUACACACUGCUGGACGACGUGGGACACGGCGUCAAAUGGCUUAAGGCCAAGCAACAUGGGAACAAUGCGGCAGGAAGGGGAGGGACACUUUCCAGGACCACCCCACCCUCACAGAAACCUCCAAGCCCCCCCAUGGCUGGUCAUGGUACCUUGGGGCGUAACACUCCCUACAAGACCCUGGAGCCAGUGAAGCCUCCAGUGGUGCCCAAUGACUACAUGACGAGCCCCGCCCGACUGGGCAACCAGCACAGCCCCGCACGCACAGCCUCGCUCAACCAGAGGCCCAGGACACACAGUGGCAGCAGUGGUGGAAGUGGCAGCAGGGAGAACAGUGGCGGCAGUGCAGUUGGGAUUCCACUCGCAGUUCCCACGCCCUCCCCUCCCAGUAUGGGGCAAGUGGUGACGUCCUCUGCCUCGGUGCCCCAAGGCCCCGGCUUGGGUCCAAUACCCAUGUCCCAGUUCGGCACCAUCUCCCGCCAGAUCUCCCGUCACAACUCUUCCACCACCUCCUCGGCCUCCAUGGUGUCGGCCACCGGCACCUACCGCCGCGCACCUUCCGUCUCAUCCCAGCAGCCCCACAUCAACGGUGUUCCGGCCUACCCACAGAACACGGUGUCUGUGGCUCCUCCGCCUCCUCCGCCAAUGGUCCAGCUGACCCCACAGAUCCCUCUGACCGGCUUUGUUGCCAGAAUGCAGGAGAGCAUCACGGACAGCCCUGCCCCGCCUCCUCCGCCUCCCCCAGAGGACAUGGGUGUGUUUGAGGAGCCCUCUCCCCCUCCUCCCCCCCCACCUGUGGACUAUGAGGAAGAGGACGCCGCGGUGGUUCAUUACAGCGAUCCCUACGCUGACGGAGACCCCCACUGGGCCCCCAAGGUUUAUUUAGAGAAAGUUGUGGCCAUCUAUGACUACAGCCGGGACAAGGAGGAUGAGCUGUCCUUCUUGGAAGGAGCCAUCAUCUACAUAAUCAAGAAAAACGAUGACGGCUGGUUUGAAGGCGUCGCCAACGGCGUCACCGGACUCUUCCCAGGAAACUACGUCGAGUCGAUCAUGCACUAUGCUGACUAGAAACAAAACAAAAACACACCCAAAAUGCCGAUGCAGUUUUGAGGUAAACCCGUGAGGAUGUACAGCUCUCGUUUUGAAUGAAGUGCCAUGGUGGAUUUUUAAAUGCUUUUUUUGUGUGGGGCGGGGGGGGGGGGGGGGGGGCUAGUGUUUGCACGGUUUUGUUAUGCUCCCAAAAACUAAAAACGUGUCGCACAAAGAAGGAGGGCGCUGGAGCUUUGGACUGGGGUCUGUUAGUUUACACUGUGGACGAAAGGGGAGGAGCUAAAGGCCUUUGUGCUACUGCUGGGACACUCUGCUGGUCAGUAGCACUUUUUAAACUUUAAACUGUGGAAUUACAGAGUAAUUUCAAGCAAUGCCAAGUAGAUUUAGAUUUAGUGAUUCAGUGUUUAUAAAACCAGUAUUUCCAGCUCGCAGGAGAUCCAGUGAAGUUAUCACGAGGAUUUCAUCAAUAGAUGAGGCAGUGGAGCAGUUUUUAAAUAAAGUGGUGCGCAGAAGCUCCUCCCUCUUUAUUUGCACUCUAGACCAGCAGACCAACCGUUCCCUCCUUUCAACAACAUCCAUCAUACCUUACAAAAAAAACAACCCGAAAAGGACAAACCGACAUCAACAAAGUGCAUAAGGACACGACUGAAUGUUUGAUGCCGUCGAUGUCCAAAUCACAAGAUGUUAAAGAGGGAACAAAAGCAACCUCGAGUUGUGUAUUUACUCGGCUCUGCGUACGUCGGGCUGCCGUCAAAAAAGGUGAACCGAGUGUCAAGAAUGCAUUACGAAAAAAAGACAACCGACUCUUCCUUCUGUUCUCUUGUAUAUAAACUGUAACGUGAGAAGCUGCAAGUACAGUACAUUUGUCAGAUAGUGUGUUUCACCUGUGAGUUUCCACCAGCGUCAGUGGAGGUGAUGCCAAGAUCGGAUGUUGUUUUCAAUUUAAUGGUUUAUUUUUACUUGAAUAUUCUUUAUAUUCAUCACUCACAGUGCCAUUUUUAACUUUAUCGGAGCAGAGUGGCCGUGUAUAAACAUUUCUUUUUCACCACUAUAUCAUUUCGAUCGCUGUCACUGAAUCCGGUGACGCUGUCCAGCUACUGUAGCAGAGAUUGCUUCAAAAUGAGAAGCGGUGGAAGGACUAACCGCUGUGUUUUCAUGUUGUUUUCCAUUGUGUUGGAAUAGCUGCACUGAUUAGUUAUCAACUGUGAUGACGUGAUGAGUUCCUUCAUCGCUUUGGUUUUUACUCAAGAGUUGCUAUCCACAAGAAUCAACUGGCCUUGACUCUUCCAUUCUUUCAGUGGUGUGGUGCUUCACAUUGGUGCUCAAUAACCAUCAUCACCGACCCAAACGACCUCAAACCAAGACUGCUCUAAAGGCUGUAGAAGCGUAACGGGGGAUUUAAGUCACAUUGCUUUGUUCCGGAGGAUGACCAUUCAUCAGAUUUGAUUGUAAUCGUCUUCAAUCACAGCUGCAUUGCAGUCAAUGUAGGAACCCAGCAGCAAUGAGCUCCAGCUAGAGACGGCCUGCUACUUAGUCUGUUGUUGUCGAUUUGCACACGGAUACAGACACGAGUCUGUGCUGCACAUGAAUGACACCCGCUAACUGCAGCGAUGGAAGGAUGUGCAAUCCCGAGGUUUUACAAAUAGUGCCGAUAUGGAGACUUCUGUUCUCAUUUCUACGACUUUUUUUGCAAAAAAAAAGGUGAUCAUUGUUUCAAAUGUGUGAACAGUUGGUUCUGUCAAAUGUCAUUGAAGCUAAUGUUUAUCUCGGAAUCAAUGUUUUUCAACAAUCCACACAAACGGAAUCAUAUCUACACUUUGGGAUUAACGGGCAUUGAACACACACUUUUAUUUUGAAAUGCAUACAGACUUCCUUAUGUUGUGAGGAGAUUAUUAAGAGGUAACUUGUUCAGGUUUCCACGACGACAACGACUCAAAUCAACAGUAUUCAUUCAGCUCUAAGCUUCAUUGCAGGAAAUGAUUCGCCAUUACAUCUCAUUCUUGAUUGUAUUUCUUCCAUCAUGAGGUCAUUUUUUGUGAGAAAACAACUUUUUCUACCUAAUGUAUUUCUAGCUUUGCAUUCAACUUGUUUUUGUGUCUGAUCCUGCUGAGGAACGUCCGCUAGCAGAUUGUAUGUAAAGGAUUAAUUUAUACUUUUUUCAUAGAGAAAUCAUGAGACAACCACUGAUGACUUUGUAAUGUUUACCACUUAACGUCUCGCAUUUCAGGGCAUCACAGGUCAAGGCGCCUUUCUUUGAUGUGUUUUCUUAUUGAUGAAAUGUGAGUGGGUAAAAAAAUCAGUAACUUAAAUGUUCAUGGGAACAGAAACCAAUAUUUGUCUUCUCCUCUCAGUUUGUAAAUAUUAUGUGUCCAUUGAAAUUUAUGUACAGUCUUUUUUAAAUAAACAGCCCAUUGAAACAAUGAA